AUGGUAACGCUGCAUCAUCAAGAAUUCUGCCAACCAAUAACGAAUCUCCCGCAAAGAGAAAGUCGCGAAGCAAACGGCUACAGCCUGGAGAACAAUGUGCCAGAAGAAGAGGACAGAGUAAUGAACUUCGCAUCAGAAACUGGCCGGCUCUCUCGGCCUGUUUCGCCUGACGCCAAUCCCAAUGAUGCACCAGCUGCUGUUCAUUACCCCAAUUACCCCAAUUACCCCAAGGAGGUUGCGCAUUAUCCUUCCUCCCGAUACGGCUUCUGUGACUGGCCUAGAUGGACCUGGAACACCAAAAUUACUCGGCCAAAACCAUCCUACUACUUUAUCUAA